AUGAUCAAAUACACCAGAUGCGCCUCCGUUUUUGGCCCUCUCCGCAGCUGCGAGAUGAUGAGGUUCAACCCUCCGGCGGAAAUUUCCUCCGAUCUGGAAAGGAGACUUGAGGAAUUUGUCCGGAGGAACGCGCUGGUGCGAGGCACUUUGAGGAGAUGUCAAGACAGCCUGAUGUUUACAUUGCAAGAGCCAACCCAUGUGACCCUGGACCCAUCCACGGCUCAUCCCAACCUGCACCUCUCCGAGGACCGAAAACAAGCCAGGGGCCAGCUGACGCCGCAAGACCUCCCGGAUCACCCGGAGAGAUUUGACUUCGAACCCUGCGUGCUGGGCUGCGAGGGCUUCGCCUCGGGGAGGCAUUUCUGGGAGGUGGAGGUGGGCCAAGGGGGUGUCUGGGCCCUGGGGGUGGCCCGAGCAUCGGUCAAGAGGAAAGGACCCAUGAGCCUCAUCCCCAAGGAAGGGGUCUGGGCGCUGGAAGCUUAUCACUCCCUCACAUCCCCCCGUGCCAACCUGCGCCUGAACCCGCUUCCCAGGAGGGUCCGGGUCUCCUUGGACUACGACGGGGGGCGGGUGGCAUUUUUCAGCGCAGACGACGACGCUCCCGUCCUGGAUUACACCAGAACCUCCUUCAACGGGGAGAGGGUCUUCCCUUGGUUCAAGAUGGGGAUAGGGGCUCGUUUGCGAGAAAUCACCCAAAACCCACCCUCGGAGGGCCAGUUGGGGACCGGGCAGCUGAUAUCCCCCCUGGACUGGGUGGGAUUCGGGGCUCCCCUCCGAAUCUGCCCUUGA